AGUGCCAGUACCUAUAUAGGGGGAGUCGACGUGCAGUAAGGACAGAUUCCCAGGCAUCAGUAAGCUCUCCACUUGUCUUCCAAAUCGCAGCGGUGAUUUACCUCUUGGAUUAGGCUGCUAGUACCAGUUUACAGAAACACCAAACAAAAUGAACUCAUACAUUGCCAUCGCCCUCGUGCUUUGCAUAGCAGUUGCUCAAGUACAGUCACAAGGAGCCCCUGGUCAGGGCGGAAUAAUGAAACCAGCAGCCACUUCUCCGACCAUGGGUAACACUGGUGCUGUACCCACACGAUCUAAUCCUCUCAUGGGAGGUAUGGCUCCCUUUCUGAUGAUGAGCGGCAACGAUAUGAUGAGGGAUAUGAUGAGAUGGAACAUGAUGAUGAGGGGCAUGGGUCCAAUGAUGGGAGGUAAUGCCAUGCAAAGGUGGAUGUACUUGAAUGCUCUUACCGGAAACGAUAUGGGAUUCGGAAUGUUUUGAUUCCACUUCCAUGGACACCAAGCAUCCAAAUAUGAUUUGGUCUUCACCUAGGACGGUUUUUCGGUUUCAUUUGUUCUGUCCAACAGUUCGAAUGACCCUCUUUAAUGCAGGUUGCGGUAACAACACAAGCGACAUUCCAUAAGACAAUUCAUUCUUUCCUUAACCAUUAUGUUUUCAAUUUGUCUUACACACAAAUGUUUUUGUUUGUUAAGCUAUUUCGUUCAAGGAAAACAACACGUGUCUUUAUAAAUUGUUAUCUUAGAUUGUGAAUACGCGCAUGACUCCGAACUUGUUCUGAUGAACUGAUAUUCAUAUUCUAUAAGGCAUGUUUUGUGAUAUACCUCACCCAUAUAAGAGAUUUCAUUUCGUUAAUCACUAGAAACUGUUUAAAAAUGAUACUCUUUGCUCUUAAACAUAAAUUUAGAGAUAAAAUUAAAAAAUGAACUAAUAGAAAUAUUGCAGAAAAAUGAUAUUCAACGAAACAUUUAAAUGUAUAAAUUUGAAAUUCAGCAUGCAUGUGCAAAUAUCUUUUGUUCUUUUGUGAUUUUCUGGUGUGAUGUUGUUUUCACCUAUAAAUAAUAUCAAUUUCAUAUGUUUUCUUAAGUUUGUCUUCUCUAAUAAAAUCUCUUCUAAA